AAAAUAUAUUAAGCUGGGUCUAAAAUCAGCCCACAUACAGAAACCAACGCCCAAUACCAGUUCCUUGCUUUUCCCAGACAUGGAUGCUUCAGGUCGGAAUGUUUUUAGGAUGUUGAUCAAGGUGGUGACAGAAAGAAUGUUCAAACAUCUUCGGAAAUGGUUCGUCACUCGCUUUUUUGGGCAUUCUCGGCGAAGAGCAAGGCUGGUUUCCAAAGAUGGAAGGUGCAACAUAGAAUUUGGCAAUGUGGGGGCACAGUCAAGGUUUAUAUUCUUUGUGGACAUUUGGACAACUGUGCUUGAUCUCAAAUGGCGAUACAAGAUGACCAUCUUCAUCACAGCCUUCUUGGGGAGUUGGUUCCUCUUUGGUCUCCUGUGGUACGCUGUAGCCUACAUUCACAAAGAUCUCCCUGAGUUCCAUCCUUCUGUCAACCACACCCCUUGUGUGGAGAACAUUAAUGGCUUGACCUCAGCUUUUCUGUUUUCUCUGGAAACGCAAGUGACCAUUGGAUAUGGAUUCAGGUGUGUGACAGAACAAUGUGGCACUGCCAUUUUUCUGCUUAUCUUCCAGUCUAUACUUGGAGUCAUUAUCAAUUCUUUCAUGUGUGGUGCCAUUUUAGCCAAGAUCUCCAGACCCAAAAAACGUGCCAAGACCAUUACAUUCAGCAAGAAUGCAGUGAUCAGUAAGCGGGGUGGGAAGCUUUGUCUCCUAAUCCGAGUGGCUAAUCUGAGGAAGAGCCUCCUUAUUGGCAGUCACAUAUAUGGAAAGCUUCUAAAGACCACCGUCACUCCUGAAGGGGAGACCAUUAUUUUGGACCAGAUCAAUAUCAACUUUGUAGUUGAUGCUGGGAAUGAAAAUUUAUUCUUCAUCUCUCCACUGACAAUUUACCAUGUUAUUGAUCACAGUAGCCCCUUCUUCCACAUGGCAGCAGAAACCCUUUCCCAGCAGGACUUUGAAUUAGUGGUGUUUUUAGAUGGCACAGUGGAAUCAACCAGUGCUACCUGCCAAGUUCGAACAUCCUAUGUCCCAGAAGAGGUGCUUUGGGGCUACCGUUUUGCUCCCAUAGUAUCCAAGACCAAGGAAGGGAAAUACCGAGUAGAUUUCCAUAACUUUAGUAAGACAGUGGAAGUGGAUACCCCUCACUGUGCCAUGUGCCUUUACAAUGAGAGAGAUGCUAGAGCCAAGAUGAAGAGAGGCUAUGACAACCCCAACUUCAUCUUGUCAGAAGUCAACGAGACAGAUGACACAAAAAUGUAACAGUUGUGUUUUCAACACAAGUAAAAGUUUCAAAGAUAACUAGUGAUUAGAAGCAUUACGAAGCAAUCAAUAAUUUGGGAAUAUGGAAGUAGGACUAAAGACUUCCAAGUCCACCAACACAAUGCCCCUGAACUUUAUAACCAUGAUCCUACGAGACCCAUGGCUCUAACAAGGCAAAUGCAUCAGAACAUGAAACGUAUUAACAGGAAAUUGGAAUAUGGAAGUUGUGGGAGCUUACUUGGAAUCUUGAAUAUAAUUAUUUGAAAUCAUGCAAUGUUGAUAGGAACAGACAAAAUCAUCAAAAGUCUUAUGGAUAGGCCAAAUGAGAUCUUUUUAAGAGUCUCCGUGAAGAAGUUAUGAGCUUUACAUAGGAUCAAGGAAAAACUAAAUUCUCACUUUGAUUCUACUGACAAAAAAGAAGCCAUUUUUAUUUUAACAUAACAUUGGCUGUUAUUAAAGAAAAAGUCUCCUGCGUUGGGGGAGAUGAACCAAUCAAAGACCAUAAGAAAAGACGGUUACGCAAAGAACACCUGUGAGGCUCUGACCUUUUCGAGCCCUGGUUGUUGGAGCAUCCAGUCAGUCUGGGUCACACUGUGUUUCUGAAGCAGCAAGGAGAGGCUCAGUCCAUGGACUCCACGUCUCUCCGUACCCAGCGUGGACAGGAGCAAUGCGCCCAACCCGCUUCUUGGCGUAGCUA